CAGGCUGGUACGGUCCUUUCGGCCGGGUCCACGGUAAAAUAGCGAUCAGGAGCCAGUCCUCAGCUGCAAUCCAACAAAAUGAUCAUCUACAAGGACAUCAUCACCGGAGAUGAAAUGUUCUCCGACAUUUAUAAAAUCAAAGAAUCCAAAAACGGGGUGCUGUUCGAAGUUGAGGGAAAGAUGGUGAGCCGGACCGAGGCCAUUGACGACAGGGUCAUCGGUGGCAACGCCUCUGCCGAAGCCCAGGACGAGGGCGUGGAAGCCACCACCGUCAGCGGCGUGGACAUCGUCCUAAACCACAAGCUGCAGGAGACCAGCUUCACCAAGGAAACCUACAAGCGCUACAUCAAGGACUACAUGAAGACAAUCAAAGCCAAGCUGGAGGAGAAUAAUCCUGACAGAGUGAAGCCCUUCAUGGAUGGAGCACAGGAGGAGAUCAAAAGGAUCAUGGGGAACAUGAAAAACUACCAGUUUUUCACGGGAGAGUCCAUGAACCCUGAAGGCAUGGUGGGCCUGCUGGACUUUCGCGAGGACGGCAUCACGCCCUUCGUGACCUUCUUCAAGGACGGCCUUGAGAUCGAGAAAUGUUAACACUUCUGGACGCCAUAGUUUUUAAAUCUCCACCAGCUGUGGCUUCUCAACAGUAUUGACCCGAGGUCAAGGAAAGGACUACCCCCUUCACUCCUUGUCUGGAAUGGAGGCAUUUUCAGUGUGUCAAAUAAAAAUGUUUUUCGGCCCUCAAACCACCAGGCAGCCUGAUUAACCAACACUGCACUGCAGAAGUCAAAAUCCUUUAGAAGGAUGACGUUGUGUGAUGGUUUGGAAAACUGCAGUGUUAAGGAGUAUUUCCGGCAAGGACAGUUCACUUUUUUUGCCACUCGAUUGGUUGUCUUUGGCUCCCGUUUGCUUUUUAUUCAGCUGCAUCAGAUAUCAUGGCCCGCCCCUCAAAAUUGGAUUUCCUGAGUUGUUGUAAAAUAUAGAAUAAACCACUAGAAAAAGUCUAAA